UUAUUGGUAGCUAGCUAGCUUUGUGUAAACAAAACUUAUUUCAGUUCAAGAUUUUAGCAGUAGUUCCAAGCUUCUCAAGGUUUCCUAAGCUUUAUUGGAGCUUAGUAACCCAACCUUGAGACUCCCGGAUAUCUAAAGUGAAGCAGUUUCCUCUUGGAACAGAGGUUCUAAAUCUGGACAAUCCUGGCCAAUUUGGGACGUUUGAGCAGUUGCAGAGAACAGAAUGAUCCGAAGCUGUGCAUAAUGGUGUGCUUCAUUAUUGCUUUAAUCUUUCUCUUACGUUCAUCAAAUGCUGGAGAGAUUGUCAGCUUUAACCAGUCGGCAGUGGCUGUUCCUUUGUACGAGAACAUGACAUUUGACUGUGAAGCUAAUGGUGAUGAAGCUUAUUUGAAGAUAGAUGACAAAAUUUCGUUCUUAAUAGAGGAUCACCAUGGCAUUUACCUUCAGGAUCCUAUAAGGAGAAAUGAUAGACUGUGGAUCCUCAGUGUUACAAUUCAAACAAAUUCUACAAAUAACAACACGAAAAUUACAUGCUUUGUUGAUUCCACAGAGAAAUACCGAUACCUCAUUAUUUCAGGUCCCCCAUCAAACCCUCGUUUGGUCUACAAUUACCACAAUCGUUCACUGACCUUAAACUGGAAUGAACCAUUUACUCAUCCUGGAUUCAAUGUGAUUGGCUACACUCUGGAACUCUUUAACACCGCCGACCAUGAGACUAUAACUGCACCUAUUGACUUGCAACUAGAUCGUGUGUAUUCUCAAAACGUUAGUAUUCUGCCGAACAUGUGCACUGCAGUGGAAUACACUGUGACAGCAUACAAUGAGCUAGGCAAUUCGACGGCUUCUGUGACUGGAGGAUUCCCAAUUGAUAUUGCACCUGUGGAAAUUCAGUCAAGAGUUCUGUAUCAAGGAAAUGGUUCUCUUCAUUUGGAAAUUUGGUUUGAAGUAUGUUUCUAUAAUUAUUAUGUAUUUUACUCUUUUAUUGCCUUCUAUAUACAGCCUGCUUAUUCUUGCUCUUUCCAAGUUGUGAAUUACACUGUCUACCUUGAGGAGUCCAUCGAAGAAACAGUUCUCCUUAACUACUGUGAUAAUCGCUAUAGUGUUCACUCCGGACUGAGCAGUGGAGCUAACUACACUGUUGUGGUGGAAGCUAAGAGCAUAGCCGGACUAACUGUCACUAAGAAAAAGGUCGCUAUUCUUGAACAGAAACUCGAAGGCUUGACUACUUCUAAUUCGCCAUGUUCAUGUACUGCAGAAUAUGGACAAGAAAUGUUAACAUACCAAAUCAUUAGUGGAGCUCUUGCUGCUUUCUUUGCCAUCCUCGCUGUUUUAAUGAUUAUUGUCUUAUCUCUGUAUUGCAGGCAGCGUAGACUACAAAAAAAGAAAAAAAUUAAGAAUACUCUAAGAGGUACUGUAGCUACACCUACGAUACCCCAGAGACCACUAUCUCUGCAGACAAAAUGUGCAGCUACAAACCCGAUAUAUGAAGGCCCCCCUCUACGAAAGCCCUGGAGGUGAACCGCUGCGUACCCUCCUCGGCAGUACCCCCAGUACACCAAACACACCCCUCGACAGUCCUCGCUAUACAUUUGAUAUGCUCCCCCCUAGUUUACCCCCUCCAAGGAAAGCAUCGACAUACUCUGUACCUGACGAUACCCCUGACACCGCAUCCCUUUAUGAGACGCAAAAAUUAGAUUUUUCAAACAUAGAGAUGCCUAAGACAGCACGCUUAGGAGAUGAGUACACAGUG